CUUAUUUUGUCUCUGAAGCGGCUAAACGUUGUAGGUUGUAGGUUGUAGGUACACGCUUAGAUGUUAAGAUAAUAAAUACAACAAGAGCAUCAUUUGAGAUAAGUAGAAUAGCAAGCACAUCUGAAUACAUUUAAUAAAUGCAGACGUAAUAGUGAUAUUUUUGUAAUAAAGUCUUUUAACGUAAAAGUGCCUUUUAAUAAUGAGUAACAUCGUACUUGUGCGUGCCUUCAAGUCGGGUGACGAGAAAAGUUGCAAGGAAUUAAUUAGAAAUAGCGUAAUGUCUUCCCUGACUCCCACGUUUCGUGGAAUGUUGUUUAAGGAAAUAACUUUUCAACUGGUAAUUUUACUUUCUGCGAUAACGUUUAUUUUCUUUGGAAUGCCAUUGAACGUUUGCCUUGUGGUUAUACCUAUAGUCGUUAUAUUGGUAUAUAUUGGCACAUGCAUAAGUUUUGUCAUAAAGCUAGCAGAGAUUGAUGAAGAAAUAUCUAACAUUCCCAGGCUUUAUAUGUCCAAUCGCUUCUCACGCUUCUGGGUUGCCGAAGCAAUUCAGCCUAAUCUAGUGACACAACAUCCUAAAGAAGUUCAUUAUACUAUACUUACAGAACAACAGUAUUGUCAAGCCAACAUGGGAGUUUCUUUACAGGCCAAAAAAAUUGUGGGAACUAUUUGCUUGACCAAAAGUCAUACAUUAGAUAAGUGCGCAUGGAUAAAGAGACUGUGUGUGCACAAGCAAUAUCAGAGGAAGGGUAUAGCGACGUGCUUGCUCAAUACUGCUGUAGAAUUUGCAAUUGAAGCAGGGUAUAGUUGUGCUAAUAUAGUGGCUUCCCAAUAUACGGAAGGUGGUAAAGAACUGUGCCUUAAAAAAGGAUUUGAAUUGAAACAGAUAUAUCACAAGUCUAUCCUAGGAUCAUACGUAAUGAUAUUAAUGUAUGAAUUGAGUUAUCAAAUCAAACCUAGUGAGGAUGAUUACUUACCUUGUAUUGGAAAAUAUUAUUUGAACCAUUAUUAAUGAUAGAUACAUUGAUUAGGAUAACAAAUCUCAAAAAAGAGAUUAGACUGUUCGAAUGAGUCUGUGUUCUCUAUUAAGCAAAAUGCAUCUACCAAAUAAUGAUCUGUACCUCAUAGUGAUACUUGGUAUAAACAUUAGUAUUAUUCAGUUUUAUAGUUUAAUGAAAAAAGUA